AUUUCCAGUGAAGAUGAAAAGAUAUUUAAAUCACAUUUUAAUGUUUAUCUUUCAGUAAUUGAAGAUUUCAAUUGAACUUGUGAUUAUUUUGCAUUUUUGAUUUGUAAAUCUUUUCUUUUUAAAGUUCUGUCUUGAUCUUUAACUAUUCAAUUAAAUUAUCCAUUUAAAUAGGUGAAGCUUAGCUGAAUUAAAUAUCAAGAAGAAAGUUUGAAGCGGUCGAAAUCUUGGAGCUUUUCUUGCAACCUAAUUUUACCAGCAUUUAAAUUUCUCGAUCAAAGUUAAUUAAUCAAAAUUUCAAAAUGAGAUUCAUCACUGCCUUUGUAUUUCUGCUUUUGGCUGCCUUGUGUCAAGCUGAAGGAGAAGCUGUAUCACCAGCCCGGCUUUUGGUUGAGAAAAAGGUUCUCAAUAAAUACUUAGUUGAAAAUAAAGAUUUAAUUGUGAGCUACAAUAUCUACAAUGUUGGUGAAAGUGCUGCUGUUGAUGUUACAAUCAAAGAUGUAAAUCUUCCUGAGGAAUAUUUCCAAGUGAUCAGUGGUAUCAGCUCAUUUACCAUUCCUAGGAUUGCACCAAACCAGAAUGUUUCACAUACAGUUGUUUAUCGUCCAAAGCCUGGUGUUUGGGGUCAAUUCAACUUCACCUCUGCUGAAGUCAGUUACUCACCUCAAGAAGAUUUAAAAGAUGUCCAAGUUGGUUUUACCAGUGAACCCGGUGAAGGGUAUAUUGUCUCACUCAAAGAAUUUGACAGAAGAUUUUCACCUCACAUUCUUGAUUGGAUUGCAUUUGCCGUUAUGUCCAUGCCAACUUUAGUGAUACCUUUCUAUUUGUGGUUCAGUAGUAAAAGCAAAUAUGACGCUAUCCUAGCAGCUAAACAAGAAGCUAAGGCGGCCAAAAAACACUGAUCGUUAAUUUAAAAUUUUAGAAUUUAUAUUAAAAUUAUUUUCCAUGGGUAA